AUGAGGAGACGUACGCAGAAAACACAGCCCGCCAAUCCAGCGAAGCAGGCCGACAUCGGGAUCUUACUGCAGAAACAGACGCACUCCAAAAUGGCCGCGGGGGCUCCACAAACCCCGACAACGUCCCGCGCUGCAUCCCAAACGCCUGUGCAAACGGAGGCUGAUAGUAAGUACACCCUGACACCACCACAGGCACCACCUGA